UGCAAGCGGAAAUGUAAAACAGUCUGAGCCUGGAUUUUUUUUUUUCGAAUGGUUGUGUAUUGGGACCAUAGGGAUCAGUGAAUUUUUCCUUCUUUCCCUUCACUCAUAUCACUUACUCUGGAACAAUGAAGUAUCUUGCUGCUUAUCUUCUCCUCACUACUGGUGGUAAGGCCUCUCCUUCCGCUGAAGAUGUCAAGAACAUCUUGAACACUGUCGGUGCCGAAAUCGAUGAAGAACGUGUUUCUGCUUUGAUCGCUGCUCUUGCCGAAAAGGACAUUGCUCAACUCAUUGAAGAAGGCAAGGAAAAGAUGUCCUCUGUCCCUACUGGUGGUGUUGCCGCCGCUGCUGGUGGUGCUGCUGCUGGUGGUGCUGCUGAAGAAGCCAAGGAAGAAGCCAAGGAAGAAGAAAAGGAAGAAUCUGACGAAGAUAUGGGCUUCGGUCUUUUCGAUUAAACUGAAUCAUUUGUUUAGUAUAUAUAUAUCUUUUCGUCCUUUUUUUAUCAAUAAAGAUUAUUCAUAUUCAUUGAUUUCGUUUCA